AUGACAUACAAGAUGAUCCGAACGAUAAUAUGGCGUCAAUGUUUAUGCCUUCUCGAUAUUGACGCUAUUAUAGUGAUUUCGUGUGCCCUGUGUUUUUAUCUUCAGCUUUGUUAUAUUAAACAACAAACAAUUGUUCUUUCAUCUUUUCUACCUUUGAGUCCGCCUUCUUCUCAUCACUUUCUUCUUCUUCUUCUUCUUCUUCUUCUUACUCCUCCUCCUCUUCUUUUCUUUCUCAUCCCCCUCCUCUCUCCUUCUGCCUGCCCCUCUUCUUCUUUUUCUUCCUCUUUUCUUUUUCUUACACCCCGCUUUCUUCUUCUUCCACCUCCACCUCCUACUGUCUUUCUCAUCCUCCUCCCCUCUUCUUCUACUGCUAUGCUAAUUCUUCUUCUUCUUUUCUUCUUCUUCUUCUUCUUCUUCUUCUUCUUCUUCUUCUUCUUUCUCCAACUCUUUUUCCUUGUCCUGUUUCGUUCUUUUCUUUUUCCACUUGUUCCUCCUCUUCCUCCUCUUCGCCUUCUUUUCCGUCCUUUUUAUUUCCCCUUCCACAGUUCAUCUAUGUAUCCAUUUAUAUCUCUUCCUCGCUUAUUAUUUUCCCCUUCCACAGUUCAUAUCUAUAACCCUUUAUAUUUUCCCUCUUUUUUAAUUUCCCCCUCCACAGGUCAUAUCUGUACAAAUUUCACCUCUGUAUGCAUUUAUAAAUUUUCCUCUCUUUUUAAUUUCCCCUUCCACACUUCAUCAAUGCAUCCCUUUAUAACUCUUUCUCUCUUUUUAAUUUCCACUUCCACUUUCUAUCCCUUUACAGUACUAUCCCUUUACAUCUCUUCCUCUCUUUUUAAUUUCCACUUCCACAGUUCACCUCUCUACCAAUUUAUAUCUCUUCCUCCCUUUUUAAUUUCCCCUUCCACAUUCAUCUCUGUGCAUAUUUAUAUCUCUUCCUCACCUUUUAAUUUCCCAUUACACAAUUCAUCACUGUAUCUCUUUAUAUCUCUUCCUCUCUUUUUAAUAUCCCCUUCCACAUUCAUAUGUGUAUACCAGUAUAUUUUUUCCUCUCUUUUUUAUUUUCCACGUCCACAGUUCAUAUCUGUGUCCCUUUAUAUCUCUUCCUCUCUUUUUAAUUUCCCCUUCCACAGUUCAUAUCUGUAUCCCUUUAUAUGUUUUCGUCGCUUUUUAAUUUCCCAUUCCACAGUUCAUAUGUGUAUACCUGUAUAUUUUUCCUCGCUUUUAAUUUCCCUUCCACAGUUCAUAUCUGUGUCCCUUUAUAUCUCUUCCUCUCUUUUUAAUUUCCCCUUCCACAGUUCAUAUCUGUAUCCCUUUAUAUGUUUUCGUCGCUUUUUAAUUUCCCAUUCCACAGUUCAUAUGUGUAUACCUUUCAUAUCUGUGUCCCUUUAUAUCUCUUCCUCUCUUUUUAAUUUCCCCUUCCACAGUUCAUAUCUGUAUCCCUUUAUAUGUUUUCGUCGCUUUUUAAUUUCCCAUUCCACAGUUCAUAUGUGUAUACCUGUAUAUUUUUCCUCGCUUUUUAAUUUCCCCUUCCACCGUUCAUAUCUGUGUCCCUUUAUAUCUCUUCCUCUCUUUUUACUUUCCCCUUCCACAGUUCAUAUCUGUAUCCCUUUAUAUGUUUCGUCGCUUUUUAAUUUCCCAUUCCUCAGUUCAUAUGUGUAUACCUGUAUAAUUUUUCCUGGCUUUUUAAUUUCCCCUUCCACAGUUCAUAUCUGUUUCAUAUCUGUAUCCCUUUAUAUGUUUUCGUCGCUUUUUAAUUUCCCAUUCCACAGUUCAUAUGUUUAUACCUGUAUAUUUUUUCCUCGCUUUUUAAUUUCCCCUUCCACCGUUCAUAUCUGUGUCCCUUUAUAUAUCUUCCUCUCUUUUUACUUUCCCCUUCCACAGUUCAUAUCUUUCAUAUCUGUAUCCCUUUAUAUCUCUUCCUCUCUUUUUUUAAUUUCCCCUUCCACAGUUCAUAUCUGUAUCCCUUUUUAUAUGUUUUCGUCGCUUUUAAUUCCCAUUCCACAGUUCAUAUGUUCACCUGUAUCUUUGUCCUUUAUAUCUCUUCCUUUCAUAUCUGUAUCCCUUUAUAUGUUUUCGUCGCUUUUUAAUUUCCCAUUCCACAGUUCAUAUGUGUAUACCUGUAUAUUUUUCCUCGUUUUUAAUUUCCCCUUCCACAGUUCAUAUCUGUAUCCUUUAUAUCUCUUCCUCUCUUUUUUAAUUUCCCCUUCCACAGUUCAUAUCUGUAUCCCUUUAUAUUUCAUAUCUGUGUCCCUUUAUAUGUUUUCUCGCUUUUUUAAUUUCCCCUUCCACAGUUCAUAUCUGUAUCCUUUAUAUGUUUUCGUCGCUUUUUUAAUUUCCCAUUCCACAGUUCAUAUGUGUAUACCUGUAUAUUUUUCCUCGCUUUUAAUUUCCCUUCCACAGUUCAUAUCUGUGUCCCUUUAUAUCUCUUCCUCUCUUUUUUAUUUCCCCUUCCACAGUUCAUAUCUGUAUCCCUUUAUAUGUUUUCGUCGCUUUUUAAUUUCCCAUUCCACAGUUCAUAUGUGUAUACCUGUAUAUUUUUCCUCGCUUUUUAAUUUCCCCUUCCACAGUUCAUAUCUGUGUCCCUUUAUAUCUCUUCCUCUCUUUUUAAUUUCCCCUUCCACAGUUCAUAUCUGUAUCCCUUUUUUAUAUUUUCGUCGCUUUUUAAUUUCCCAUUCCUCAGUUCAUAUGUGUAUACCUUUCAUAUCUGUGUCCCUUUAUAUCUCUUCCUCUCUUUUUAAUUUCCCCUUCCACAGUUCAUAUCUGUAUCCCUUUAUAUGUUUUCGUCGCUUUUUAAUUUCCCAUUCCACAGUUCAUAUGUUUAUACCUUUCAUAUCUGUAUCCCUUUAUAUCUCUUCCUCUCUUUUUAAUUUCCCCUUCCACAGUUCAUAUCUGUAUCCCUUUAUAUAUUUUCGUCGCUUUUUAAUUUCCCCUUCCACAGUUCACAUCUGUGUCCCUUUAUAUCUCUUCCUCUCUUUUUUAUUUCCCCUUCCACAGUUCAUAUCUUUCAUAUCUGUGUCCCUUUAUAUCUCUUCCUCUCUUUUUAAUUUCCCCUUCCACAGUUCAUAUCUGUAUCCCUUUAUAUGUUUUCGUCGCUUUUUAAUUUCCCAUUCCACAGUUCAUAUGUGUAUACCUUUCAUAUCUGUAUCCCUUUAUAUGUUUUCGUCGCUUUUUAAUUUCCCAUUCCACAGUUCAUAUGUGUAUACCUGUAUAUUUUUUCCUCGCUUUUUAAUUUCCCCUUCCACCGUUCAUAUCUGUGUCCCUUUAUAUCUCUUCCUCUCUUUUUACUUCCCCUUCCACAGUUCAUAUCUGUGUCCCUUUAUAUGUUUUCUCUCUUUUAAUUUCCCCUUCCACAUUCCCAUUCCACCGUUCAUAUCUGUAUACCUUUAUAUUUUUCCUCUCUUUUUAAUUUCCCUUCCACCGUUCAUAUCUGUGUCCCUUUAUAUCUCUUCCUCUCUUUUUAAUUUCCCCUUCCACAGUUCAUAUCUUUCAUAUCUGUGUCCCUUUAUAUCUCUUCCUCUCUUUUUAAUUUCCCCUUCCACAGUUCAUAUCUGUAUCCCUUUAUAUGUUUUCGUCGCUUUUAAUUUCCCAUUCCACAGUUCAUAUGUGUAUACCUGUAUAUUUUUUUUCUCGCUUUUAAUUUCCCCUUCCACAGUUCAUAUCUGUGUCCCUUAUAUCUCUUCCUCUCUUUUUAAUUUCCCCUUCCACAGUUCAUAUCUUUCAUAUCUGUAUCCCUUUAUAUGUUUUCGUCGCUUUUUUAAUUUCCCAUUCCACAGUUCAUAUGUGUAUACCUGUAUAUUUUUUCCUCUCUUUUUAAUUUCCCCUCCACAGUUCAUAUCUGUGUCCUUUAUAUCUCUUCCUCUCUUUUUAAUUUCCCUUCCACAGUUCAUAUCUGUAUCCCUUUAUAUGUUUUCGUCGCUUUUUAAUUUCCCCUUCCACAGUUCAUAUGUGUAUACCUGUAUAUUUUUUCCUCUCUUUUUUAAUUUCCACGUCCACAGUUCAUAUCUGUGUCCCUUUAUAUCUCUUCCUCUCUUUUUAAUUUCCCCUUCCACAGUUCAUAUCUGUAUCCCUUUAUAUUUCAUAUCUGUGUCCCUUUAUAUCUCUUCCUCUCUUUUUAAUUUCCCCUUCCACAGUUCAUAUCUGUAUCCCUUUAUAUGUUUUCGUCGCUUUUUAAUUUCCCAUUCCACAGUUCAUAUGUGUAUACCUGUAUAUUUUUUCCUCCUUUUAAUUUCCCCUUCCACAGUUCAUAUCUGUGUCCUUUUAUAUCUUUCCUCUCUUUUUAAUUUCCCCUUCCACAGUUCAUAUCUGUAUCCCUUUAUAUGUUUUCGUCGCUUUUUAAUUUCCCAUUCCACAGUUCAUAUGUGUAUACCUGUAUAUUUUUUCCUCGCUUUUUAA